AUGUCGAGCUCCGAGAUGAUCGCUGAACUGGCGGCACGACUCCGUCGCCUCGCUGAUGGCAUAUCAACUGACUGCAGUGAAGACCCUCGCGAAGAGUCCAGGAAUGUACUCCGAAAGGCUGCAAUGGAGUUGGAGCAAGGUGUCGUUAAGAGCCACUCACACGACGACUCUUAUGUGCUGGUGCUGCUUGACGCGCAUGGCCACCCGGUAGAGUAUGAUGAUUUCAACGACGACAUCUUCUAUCGAUCCACCGACCAGAGCUACCCCGCCCUAGAUCGUGACAACCCGUUCAACAUCAAGAAGCGACUUCACGAAGCGAUUCGGAAGCACUUGAUCGAUGCAUCCUCCGCAGCUACACCUCACACAAACACUCAGGAGCGCUCAGUCAAGGUCUCCUCUGCAGCGACACUUGGCACGUCUCGGAUCGUGGUGCGUGUCUAUGCCAACACGACCAAACUAGAGAACGAUCUACUACGCCCUUUACAACAGUUUGCUGUUCAGUUCUCCUCCAUGGAUUCUGACUUCGACUUCCUCUGUGUUAGAGACGAGGCAAUGGUGGAGCUCAAGGUCGUUGAUGCUUUUCAGGCCGCUCGCAAAGACCCAGACUGCAAGCAUGUUUUCCUCGCUGCUUGGAACCGCCCAGGCUACAUUUCAAUGCUACAAACGCACUCCGAGAAUGUCACGCUAAUCCAAGGAUACGGCAUGGGAGCAGGUGCCAAGUUCAUCUCUCUAACAUGCGCUGUGAUUAGCAUCCCAGAGGUGUUCAGUAAGCCUCUGGAACAAGACCUCUUCGUGUCACUCACAUCUCGCUCAGCUGAGAAGCACAUCAUCACCGCAAUAGUCAGCGACAAGGACUACAUGUGGAGAAUUGGAAAAGACGUCAAGCCUUGUCGAUCGUUCCACCUCGCGAACGGAUGUCGUUUUGGAGAUGAUUGCUGUUACGGUCACUCUGAUAUCAGCCCUCAAGUCCUAGAGGCAUUCCGUUAUACGGUCAAGAGGAUGCCAUGCUCUAAGGGGAGCCAUUGCCCUCUUGACCACUGCAUUUAUGGCCAUGUCUGCCAAAAGCCUAACUGCAUCACGGACGACCCGACAUCCUGCAGUAUGAGGAAGUUCCAUGGCGUGGACCUUGCGUUCGCAUCGUGGAAAAAGGGCAAGCAUGCUCCUAAGUUUCCUACCGGAGGUCCAGUCCAGUCGCGAGAAAAGGAUGUGGACGAAGCUUCAGCUACUUCGUUCUGGUUCUAGGAUGCAAAGUGUGAAAUCAGUGGCCCGAAGAUAGAAGAGAGCAGCAUAGCCGAGGUGACUCUGGAC